AUGGUCAACUACUACGAAGUGCUGGGCGUGCAGUCGAGCGCCUCCGCCGAGGACAUCAAGAAGGCUUACCGCAAACUGGCCUUGCGCUGGCACCCUGACAAGAACCCCGACAACAAAGACGAAGCCGAGAAGAAAUUCAAGCAGGUGUCCGAGGCGUAUGAGGUCCUGUCGGACUCUAAGAAGCGGUCCAUGUACGAUCGCUCCGGCUGCGACAGCUGGAGGACUGGCGGGGCCAGGUUCCCGCACGGUGGGCCCUUUGGCGCUGGCUACACCUUCCGCAACCCUGAGGACAUCUUCCGGGAGUUCUUCGGUGGCCUGGACCCCUUCUCCUUUGAUUUCUGGGACAACCCAUUCAGUGACCAUGGUGGUCGGUCCCAUGGCCUGCGAGGGGCCUUCUCGGCAGGCUUCGGCGAGUUUCCAGCCUUCCUGGAGGCCUUCUCGUCCUUCAACACCCUGGGCCGCGGCGGGGGCAGCCGUACCACCUUUUCAUCCACCUCCUUUGGGGGCUCUGGAGCAGGUAGCUCAGGCUUCAAGUCGGUGAUGUCCUCCACAGAGAUAGUGAAUGGACACAAGGUGACCACCAAGCGCAUCGUGGAGAACGGACAGGAGCGUGUGGAGGUGGAAGAGGAUGGGCAGCUGCGCUCGGUGACCAUUAAUGGGAAGGAGCAGCUCAAGAGGGUGAACAGCAAGUGA